AUGGCGCGCCUUACAACGCUCGUUUCCCUCCUAGCAACAGCAUCCCUCGUCUCCUCUACCGUCCUCCCCAUCCCUCUCUCCGACGAUGAAAACGAUACUCCCCUUCCUCUCAUUAUUUGGCACGGCCUAGGAGAUAACUAUGCCGCCGAAGGCCUUGCCUCGGUCGCCCAACUCGCUGAGGAAGUCAACCCCGGAACGCUCGUCUACAUGAUCCGUCUUGACGACGAUGCAUCCGCCGACCGCAGCGCGAGCUUCUUCGGAAACCUCACCGAGCAAAUAGAUAAAGUCUGCGCAGAUCUAGCAGCACAUCCAAUCCUGUCCACCGCUCCUGCUGUCGAUGCGCUCGGAUUCUCCCAGGGAGGCCAGUUCCUAAGAGGCUAUAUUGAACGGUGCAACUUCCCACCCGUGCGGAGCCUGGUUACGUUUGGGAGCCAGCACAAUGGAAUCUCUGAGUUCCAGACUUGCGGGGCUAGGGAUUGGUUAUGUAGAGGUGCGCAGGGGCUUUUGCGUUCUAACACCUGGAGCUCGUUUGUGCAGAGCCGCCUUGUUCCUGCUCAGUACUUCCGGGAUAUAAAUCAGUACGACAACUACUUGGAACACAGCAACUUCUUAGCAGACAUCAAUAACGAGCGAGCACUGAAGAAUCAGACAUACAAGAGGAACCUGGAAAGGUUAGAGAAAUUCAUCAUGUAUGUUUUUGAGGAAGACCAGACCGUUAUCCCGAAGGAAUCGGGCUGGUUUGCAGAGGUCAAUGGUACGGAGGUGACGCCCUUGAGAGAGAGGGAUAUUUAUAGAGAGGACUGGAUUGGUCUCAAAACUUUAGACAAGAAGGGCGCCUUGGAGUUCAAAACGACUGGGGGUCGGCAUAUGGCCUUGUCAGAUCAGUUGUUGGGGGAGGUGAUUAAGAACUAUUAUGGCCCUUAUGGGAGGAGCUUUGAGAAGGAAGAAACGGAUUCUGCUUGGCAGGAGGAGCUGUGAAGUUACGAGUUAUAAGGCUAUUCGAUCAGAGAAGGGGACCUUCCCGACCAUCAAUAAUCCUAAAACAUAUUCUGCCUUUCAAUAAUUGACUUCUCUCUCAGAGAUGGUCCUGAAUCAUUCUCACUGAUGGUUUGAAGGGUGAUGCGUGGUAGAGCAAGGAGCCAAAUGUCAAUUCGAAGCGCAACGUAUGUAUGUGCCACUCUUCCACACAUAGCCGGUACGGAACUGUACGAUCCAGAUGAAUUUUACCCCAACCCCAUACUCCAUAGACGCCCAGCAACGAUCUAGCACCGCAAAUCAGAGCUGCAAGCUCUAGACCUUGGAUUUCUUCGACUUUUUUGUAGCCUUCGCUGCCUUUGUAGCCUUCGGCACCUCAUCCUCCACAUCCUUCGUGGCCUCCUCCUUUUGCUUUUUCAACUUCUCCUUCC